AUGUGUUUCAUUGAACUCCUCCUAAACCAACUAAACGGCUGGACCGAUUUGAAUGAAUUUUUUUGUAUGCAUCUGGGUGGCGUCCUGGAUGGCUUAGAUUCGCUAAUCAGCCUGGCAGCUGGCGCUGCAGUCGCUAUCUAGGUUAAUUAUCUAUAGUGCAACUAAACGGCUGGAUCGACUUAAAUAUUCUCACGGAUCGUUUGGAACCUCUGGGUCUGCGGAGGGACUUCGGUUCCCUCUGUAUUUUGUACCGUACGUUCCAUGGGGAGUGCUCUGAGGAAUUGCUUGAGAAGCUCCCUUCAUCUCCUUUUUAUCAUCGCACCUCCCGCCAUCGGAACAAGUUCAUACAUAUUAUCUGGAACCGCUGCGUUCAUCGACGGUGCGUUUUUUUAAUGCAGCUAGUCAGAAAAAAGGAUUGAAAAUGGCAACAAUUUUGACAAUCAGCUGAGUAAAUAGAAGUGUCAAAUUUUGAAGUCAAUUUUCAAAUAGACUUUGAACUUCAUUUUGUUAUCAUAUUUUAUUAUUUUAUUAAAGAAAUGUUAAAUAAAGAUUUAUAGCCACUGGUUCUUGAGUUUUUAAUGUUAUUUAUGAUUUUGUAAUAUUUUUAAGCGAAACAAGUCAUGUAUAUCCCUGAGGUAACGGUUAGAAGAAUUGAUGUCUUGAUGCGUAUUUUAAGUCAUCGUAAAGUGAUUUUAACUGCGAAUCCCGUCAGAGCGUAUUCUAGUGACGAUAAAGUGACUAUAGGAGAUGUGACCAAAGAGAUUUCGCGUCCGAAAAAGGUCGAAUACGUCCCCAGGAAGUAUCUAACUAUAGAAAAUACGGAAAUUAAAUCAUUAUCACAAAGUACCUUGAGAAAUUUAAGAUGGAUGAUGCAAAAAGAUUCUCUUGGACAAGAUAUGUUUCUCUUAGGAAGACCUGGACCGAGCAGGAGAAAAGUAGCAUUACAAUAUUUAGAGUUGACUCAAAGAGAAUUAGAAUAUGUGGCGCUAUCAAGGGAUACCACAGAGGCAGAUCUCAAACAGAGAAGGGAGAUACAUAGUUCCACUGCCCAAUAUUUUGAUCAGAGCGCAGUUAGAGCAGCGGUCGAAGGACGUGUACUCGUGUUGGAAGGCAUUGAGAAGGCCGAAAGGAAUGUCCUGCCAGUAUUGAAUAAUCUUCUGGAAAACAGAGAGAUGCAUUUAGAAGACGGCAGAUUUCUGGUACCUCCGACGAGAUACGAUAAACUUUUACAGGAGCAUGGCCCUGAAGAAGUUGCUAGAUGGCGCUUAGUACGCGUCGAUGAGAACUUCAGAGUGAUAGCCCUAGGACUCCCGGUGCCGCGGUACAGCGGGCAGCCCUUAGAUCCUCCCUUACGUUCUAGAUUCCAAGCCAGGGAUGUUGCCACUAUUGGAUACGGGGAGCAUUUAGCAGUGUUGAAAGAAGAUGCCCCUAAUGCUGACCAGACGAAACUGGAGCAGCUCAUGUCAGCCGCGUACGCUCUCGUCAGUCCUGAGUUGCUGCAGAUCAGCUUACCAGAUUUUCCUGUGGAUAGUCUUCAUGUGGCGGCACUCAUACUGGAAAGAAAUCCGAAAAUUCCUAUACAUAAACUCUUAUAUUUCCUUUACCCGUACAAUACAUUCCUGACGAGAGAUCACGUGAAAAACGUCGAAGGGGUUCUUCAGAACUUGCAGAUGGACACGAAGCCGAUCUGCAAGACGACACUGGAGGGUGUCGAGUUCAAAGGAUCUGAAGCUUUAGUGAAUAUGGAUAUGGACGGAGCUAAGGCGGAGUUUUGUGUGCCCCGGGGAAGACGGCAAACGGGACGGGAAAGGAAGGGGGUUGUUAAAACUGCAUAUCAAAGUCGGCUGCUGAAUGAGCUGUUGAUGACUCACAGCGUCGCUGACUUUUGCGUCAUAGGUCCCAAAGGUUGCGGGAAAAGUCUUCUGGUAUCCCAGUUAGCUUCAUUACUGGGCUACACGAUAGAACCGAUAGUUCUGUACCAGGACAUGACGGCCAGGGAUCUGAUUCAGCAGCGGACGACCCUGGACAGCGGCGACACGGUGUGGAGGAACUCGGCUUUAGUCGAAGCCGCCUUGAAAGGACAUCUAGCGGUGCUCGACGGGUUGCACAGGAUGCACGCCAGUACCUUGGCCGUGCUUCAUAGACUGGUCCACGACCGCGAGCUGCAACUGCACGACGGGACCAGGCUGCUGCGUCACGACAGGUACGACGAGCUGGUCGCCGCGGGGCACACGGAGGAGCAGCUCGAUAAAAACGGAGUCAAGAGGAUCCACCCAUCGUUUAGGAUUGUUGCGUUAGCGGAACCACCGACUGUCGGUCGCGGUCAACACUGGCUGUCUCCGGAAAUACUCAGCUUGUUCGUGUUCCACGAGAUGAGGAACCUCAGUAAGGACGAGGAGAUAUUCAUCAUCAAUACACUGUAUGGCGACAUAUCACCGCCGCUGCAGACGAUAAUCGAAUUAGCGGAUGAACUUCGCAAUUCCGACGAUAACACUUUAAAGAGUUUAUCUUCUUCGCUGUCCACUCGACAGCUGCUGAGGAUAGCCAGUAGGAUGUCUAAAUAUCCCACGGAUUCGGCCUACGAGACGGUCCAGCGAACGUUCUUAGCCAAAUUCCUGCCUAACUUAGCCAGGCGUGCUUUGGACAGCGUCAGCCAAAAGCUAGGCAUCGAGCCGCCGAGAAAACUGGGCAUUUUUGGUAGCAAUCCCAACGAGACAACCGUGGCGUGUACAGUCAAGAACAACGUUCUUACCAUCGGCAAAACCAGCACUGAGAUAUUCAAAACGGACGCUUUGACCAAAGUACCGGACAUACUGUUCUACGACGUACCUCAACAUAUGCGCUUGUUGGAGUGGCUGCUACAGGACUUCCUGCUCGGCAACCAUUUACUGCUAGUCGGCAAUCAGGGAGUAGGAAAGAACAAGAUCGCCGACAGACUCCUGCAGCUAAUGAAUCGGCCGCGCGAGUACAUCCAGCUACACAGAGACACGACCGUGCAGUCCUUGACCGUACAGCCGACUGUGAGAGAUGGUGUCGUUAUAUAUGAAGAUUCUCCAUUAGUGAAAGCAGUUAAAUUUGGUCACGUAUUAGUGGUGGACGAAGCUGACAAGGCUCCUACUCAUGUGACGUGUAUUCUGAAGACCCUGGUUGAGAACGGAGAGAUGGUCCUGAGUGAUGGUCGAAGAAUUGUCCCUAAGGAUAUGAUGGAGAGCUCAGGUGGCGAAUUGUCCAGCUUCAUUCCCGUACACGAUGACUUCAGGAUGAUCGUGUUGGCGAAUCGACCUGGUUUCCCGUUUCUGGGCAACGAUUUCUUCGCUUCUCUAGGUGAUCUGUUCUCGUGUCACGCCGUCGACAAUCCCUCGAUCGAUUCGGAGAUGGAGCUUCUCCGCUCGUACGGACCAGACGUGCCUCGGGAUGUCAUGAAGAAGCUGGUGCAGGCCUUCGCUGUGCUGAGGGAGAAGGCUGAUCAGGGACAGUUGACGUAUCCUUAUUCGACGAGGGAGCUGGUCAAUAUUGUCAAGCAUUUGCAGAAAUAUCCAGACGAAGAUCUGGCCACAGCGAUUGGCAACGUGUUCGACUUCGACAGGUACAGCAAGGACGUGUCGGACACGUUGCUGGAAGUGCUCCACUCUAGCGGGCUGCCGACAGAUGGCGUGCUCGAAGGUCGCUCGAAGGACCUCAAGAAGCUUCAGAUGACCAUAGAGAGGACCAGCGGCAAAGACGUGUCGUCGCCGAAGCACGGCAAAGAAGACCCGGACAACAAGCCGCACGUGGGCGGGAACACGUGGGCGGGCGGCACCGGGGGGCGCGACACCGCGGGGCUCGGGGGGAAGGGGGGACCCUACCGCCUGGACAAGGGACACGACGUGCACCAGUUGUCAGACGCCGAGAAGGCCGACGUGCCGGAGCACGUGCGGCGCGCCGCCCGCGAGAUGAACAGGAAGGCGUUCGAAGAGAGGCUGAAGGAGAUCAAGAUGAGCGAGUACGACGCCAAGCUGUACGAGCAGUUCCACAGGGCCGUGCAGCCCCAGAUAGGCGCGCUGCGUGGGGUCCUAGCAGAGCUACAAGCCAAGGCUAAAGAGAGGCAAUGGAGCCGACACCAGACCAGCGGUGAACUCGACGACGGGAAAAUAAUUGAAGGUUUGACCGGAGAGAAGACGAUAUAUCGACGCCGCACGGAGCAGCCGCCGCCAGAGGGCGCUCCGCCGGACAAACCGAAACGGCUCAGGCUAGUUCUAGACGUUUCCGGCAGUAUGUACAGGUUUAAUUCGUACGACGGUCGUCUGGAACGUUCCAUGGAAGCCGUGGUGCUCCUCACCGAGGCGCUGCGGGGCUACGAGUCCAGGAUCAAGUACGACAUGUACGCGCACUCCGGGGAGGAGCACGCCCUCGAGCUGGUCAGGGCGGACCGGCCGCCGGAAAACGAAAAGCAGAGAUUAGAGAUAAUAAGAACAAUGCACGCGCACGCGCAGUUCUGUUGGUCCGGGGACAACACUCUGCCGGCGGCCCGGCACGCCAUCUCCACGCUCGCCGAGGAAGACGCGGACGAGGCCAUCGUUCUGAUACUCUCCGACGCGAACCUGAGGAGGUACGGCAUUCCCCCGGAGCGUUUGGGUGCCAUUCUGACCGCGGAGCCCAAAGUUCAAGCGCACGUCAUAUUCAUCGGCAGCUUGGGAGAUGAAGCCAAUUCACUGCUGAGGAGGCUGCCGGUGGGUCACGCGCACGUUUGCAUGGACGUAGCGUCGUUGCCGCACAUCAUGCAGCAGAUAUUUGCGUCCUCGCUGCUGCAGACCUCAUGAUUGCACCGGAGCCAUACCGGGUGCUGGUCACCUGUGGUAUAAUGGAUGGAGAUAUUACCAACCAAUUAUUUACUUAUAACCAACAAACAAAUAAAUAAUAAAUAAUUGGAAACAUCCAGAAUUUUCCCACCUCGUUACAUACAUGAUGCUUUAAUCGAAAACUGCGGGUAGGGUGCUCGAAGCAGAAAAACUUGUCCAAGCAACCAACCAAACUAUUUACCAACCAAGUAUUUACUUAUUACCAACCAACCGAACUAUUACCAACUAAUAACCAACCAAAUUAUAAAACUAUUUAAUAUUCAUAAACACUGCAUAAAAGUCCUUUUCAAUUCAACAGAUUAAAAUCUCAAAAAAGCAUUGUGUCAUCCCAGAUUAGUCCGUAUUCUACCCCUAGUCCCUAAUCCCCCAAAUCUACGGUACCCAGAGAAAAGUCUUAAUGAUGGUAGGGUUUCCUGUGAUCUCCUACCCACACGGAUAUUAGUAUGAUGUAUACUGAUCCCUUAUUGUCUUCGUAAACAAUUUUGUAUGAUCUAAAAUUAAUAAAACAGUGCUGCAAAACCUAAAUCAUUUAAGAAAGAAAAUCUUAGAAUAUUAUUGAAGAUUUUUAUAGACCUGACAAUGGCUAUUAAGUCGAGUAACCAAUGGUCGUAAAAAAAAGUCAACUCUAUUGCUUUGCAUUAAAAGAUUUAAAAAACAAUAAUUGACCACAUUCUAAUCUAAAAUGUAACAUGUGAUAUUUAAUUAUUACUUUUAGGUUAUAAUAUAUUAUUAUAUUUUGUAGAUAUAUAAUGAAAUGUUGUAGUAAAUUAUUGUUAAAGUUUUUGAAAGUGAAGGUAUUUUAAUAAAAAAACAAUAAUUACA